AUGUCAAUGAUCUCGCUCAUAACGUUUUGUCAAAACAACAAGGAAGCGGUUAGCUCAUCGAUCUAACAUAAUUUCGAGUUGAGCACGCCGGAUUCGUCAUGGAUAGUAACAUUUUUCAACAAAUACAAUAAUCAAUAUAGAAAAUUCAUAAACAUUAAGUCAACAAAGUAUUGGCAAAAUAUGCCAAUUGUAACAACGGGUGUGGACGAUACAUUUCCGUGCCACACCGUCUUGAUUCAUUAGCCACGAUCAGUACCUAUACAAUGGGUAGACUGUGGAUUUGCACCUUAGCGGCGGUUGUUCUAUAUAUUGUUUGUUGUGAAGGCGACCGUGGUGAUUACAUCGGCUGCUACAGGUUUAUGCUCGAAGAUGUGCUAAACACCCACACAGGUCAGUCGGUGGACGUGUGCUUAUCCGCAUGCGAGCAAGUUUUCUACAAAUAUGCGCUCAUCGGUAACGAGUCCACUUGUUUUUGUGGUAAUAAACCUGGUCGCUUCAGAGUACCUUUAGAGAUUUGUGAUACACCUUGUCCUAAGAAUGAAACGCAAAAAUGCGGCGGUUUGAACGCGAGCAGUGUGUAUGACACGGAUGUGGUGGCGCCCGGCGCGCCCUCGUCGUUGCAAGUGUUAAAAGUGACAGAAACCACAGCGCGGCUUCAGUGGUCUGCCCCAGCAGCUUACACCUUGAUUACCGGUUAUGUUGCCAGGGCUUAUGUCACCGAAACCUAUGCUGAUUUUCCAUUACAGCCCUUUGAGUGGAGACUCUCAAAUAGUACCUUUGAAUUCAUCCUGCCUAAUUUGCAUCCGGGCUCCACAUACAAUGUCACAGUGGCUGCCACUAACCACGAUGAGGAAGGCCCCAAUAUCACUAGUUCUAUCACUACAAUCAUUGGAACACCAGAUCCGAGUCCUCCUGACAUCAUUAUAAAGGAUAGACGUGGAGACCGUAUGGUAGUCAGAAUACCUCCAGCGAAGAAUGUGAAUGGUCCAGUGACAAUGUACAGGAUAGUUGUAUCUAUAGAAGUGUACCAACAAGGAUUUCUGACGGAAAAUCUAGGUAAUUAUUCUUAUGCUGAUGAGCAGGGGUUGCCUUAUUACAUCACUGCAGAGUUAGAUCCUGAAGAAAUAAAAAAUGACUUUACUAUUGGAGACCGACAUACAUACAAUGGAUUCUACAAUGCUCCUUUGGAAUUGACCCAUGACAUAGAUGUCUCAUUAGGAGUGGUCAGCGAGAAAGGUUUAGUCCGUAAGAUAAGGUAUGCAGAGUCCACAAAAAAGAUUAUUUUGAAUAUUAACGAACCGGAAGAUGUGUCCCCAAUGGUUGUAGCUCUUGGUGCCGGGAUAGCUAUUGGUGUUGUAUUGUUGUUGAUCGGAGUUGGUCUCCUAAUCAUUCUCAGAAAAAGGAUCCAAUUUGUUCGAAUGCAACGUGGCUCUCAAUCAAUGCCACUGAAUGUCAGCGAACCUUGCAUGGAGAUAGAAAACUCUGGUUUUUUGCAAGAUGAAGAUGAGAGAGUGGAUUAUUAUGGUAAUUUGAAACGCAAGUUAUGGAAUAUACCGAGGAAUCUCAUUGAUAUAGAUAUUUCUUGUGUGCUAGGACUGGGUAGUUAUGGGAAAUUCACCAAAGGAAGAGUUCAACAACAUGGAGCUCAAACACCAGGACUGGUGCAGAUUAUCUCUGAUAGAGAACUUGAAAAGCCUGAUAAAAGACUAAUGCUGCAAGAAUUGGACCUUUUAAUAAAGUCAAGUGAGCAUGAGAAUGUAAUUUCUCUCAUUGGUAUCUGUGAAACUAACACUACACUAUUUGUGGUGUUACAAGACACAAAGCAGUCAUUGAAAGAAUUGUUGAUUCAGAGCAGACACAGGGACCUCCAGAACAACAAGUUCUGUCUUGUGACAGAGAACCAAGUCCUGCAGAUGUGUGUGGAUAUAGCAAGAGGUAUGGAAUAUUUACACAGCAAAAAGAUUGUGCACAAACGUUUGUGCUGUCGUAAUAUUCUUAUCACAGAAACUGGUUUGACAAAAGUCUCUGGAUUUGGGCUAUCACACAUCAGACCACUGCACGAGUCCCCGGACUAUACCCGGUGGACGUCACAUGAGAUGCUGCGGCAGACGCGGUAUAACCCAAAAGCUGAUGUUUGGUCGUUUGGCUGCUUAUUAUGGGAAGCAUUGACUAUCGGCGGGACGCCAUAUUCUCAUUCUGCAAACAAGGACGUCGCGACGCGUGUAUUACGCGGGAUGAGGCCGUCUCAGCCGUCGUAUGUGGGCGACGAGCUGUUUCAGCUGUGCCUUCAAUGCUGGCAGGUGGACCCGGAUGAGCGGCCGACAUUUUCCUCCCUCUAUCAUGAACUUUUGCCUUUCGCGGAGGCGUCCGGCACAAGGAGUAUAAGCUUUACACAUUACAAUGGCUUCAAUUAUGAACCAUAUGUCCCGCAGUAUGAAAUAAUUUCAUAGUUUUAACUGCACUAGCUUUAGUACUCCCUGUGACAACAAUUUGUAUUUCUUAUUAGUGUAAGCAUCCAAAGAUUAACCUUUUUGAUAAGUAGAAAUUACUCAAAUAUGCACUAACAAGAACACUUGCAAUUACUGGAAGCUAUAAGGAAAACUGCAUAUAAUGUGAACUGUAGUCUCUCUAAUGUAGUGUUUUCGCAGUUCCUACUUGAGCCAUCGUGUCAGCCAUAGUAUCGUACUCAAGGGCAUAAUAUGUGAACUGUAAUAAAAAACCAAAACAUUAAGUACAGAAAAACCAAAAUGGAUAUGAAAUCUUGAAAAAAGAAUCUUAUGAUAAAAAUGACAAUGACAAACAAGAGAACCCAUUAACUCCGCUAUGAUGACAUCACCCGAUCACAUUGAUAAAUAUAGUGAAGUAUUGAAAUCAGAUAAACGUUUAUAGUUUCCUCUGUAAUUCAUUAGCAGUUUUUGUAUCCAAUAGAGAAUUGGUUUUCCCAUUUAUGAAUCUGUUUUAUGUACAGGGUAAAUUAUUCUAUUUAGAUCUCCACUUCUAAAACUAGGUAAAUAUGAAAAUCAUACAGUAAUAUUAUAUUAUUGUGUACUGACUUCAUAGACGCACUUAUUUAUAUUUUUAUGUACGUAUUAAUUUACCUACCAACUAAUUUUUGACCUAAGCACACAUACCAUGUAGUAAUUUAUAGCACGUACAUAAAAAAUUGUGCAAUAUAAAAAUAGCACGCAUUCUGUUCCUUUGGAAUAUUGAAUUCGUUAGCAUUUGAUCCUCCAUUGAUGAUAUUUUCGGUAAAGGUGCUUGAUGGUCGAUAUUUUUGAUGCCUUUUUUAUUUUUGAACUAAUUAGUUUUGAGUAGCAGAUUACACAAACGUGCGUAAUAAUCGACCAUAUAGUAUCUUCACCCGUGGUACUUCGUAACACUAAACAUUCCAUUAUUAUGUUAUUAUAGGUAUAGUAUAGUUACGUCUCUUGUGAUUUUAUAUUAUAAUUUUAUGUAACCAAGCUUUUCUUUCCAUCUAGAGAUCGCGCUGAAAAGAAAUCCCACAGAAGUGGCGCUACAGUCGCUUAUAACAGCGUGGAUCAGAUUCCGAUCUGUUAUAUAUCCGCAGAAUUUUUUUUCUGUCUCUGUCUUAGUUUGUAAAUAUACCUAUUUAGAUUUAAACAUGUGUUACCUAAUAAGCAAGUUAUGAAUAUUCUCUUUGCGCAUACAUUGAGAUAGGUAGAUUAGUUUUAAGAUUUAUCGUUUAAAAUGAAACCAAUAUUAUGAUCUUUACUGUCCCAAACUUAUUUUGAAUGUUUUACAUAUUUUUAUCAUUGUAGAAAUUAUUACAGCGCGUAAUUUCCAAACUUAUAAAAACACAAAAACCCCACUCACGUUGUUAUAAUCAUAAUUCAAGACUGCGAAAAGAUCUUAAUUUUACAUGACAUUUUGUAUAGUAUUAUUUGCACUAAAUCCUAGUUUGUAAUCCGUCCAUUAUUGUUUGUGUAUUACAACUUUGUAAGCGUGUUGCGCGAUGCUGGUGUAUUACAUCGCGUAGUAUUUAUAAUACAAUAAUUUUACAUAA